UGCUUUUGUCAGCAUUCAGGGGUUUGUAAGCGCAAUUAAUCCAUUAGAACGCAUUUCAAACAUGAUUAGGCAACGUUGCUACUUUACCGCAACCCUUUAAGCUUCUGGAACCAUUAUAGCCCAUUUCAAUCCUGCUACUACAACGAAGAAGGAACAAUUUAUAUAAGUAGGGAGAAAAGCACGCAGCUUGUUCAUUUUCGUGCGUAAUUAGAACCCCUGAGACCGUUGAAAGGGUGAUUGUGCCGGAAGAAUAAAAAUAUGAAAUAUCAUCCCAUUAACGAGAGAGGAACGAUUAAACAGAUAACAACAAAAAACAACGCCCAAAUUUGCCAUUAUAAAAACGCGGUAAUCCACUUGUAUAAAGUUGCGUAAGGUUUUAAUUUAACGUCUUUUUGUGAGUCGUAGUACGCCAUGCUAUACAGAAUGACAUUCCAUCUACUACAGUUCAAAUGCUCUAAAAAUAAGCGUGAUGUUUAUACUCAAUAUUACGUCCCAUUUCCAAGCUCACAGUGUCAGUAAAAUAGAGGCACAAGUCAGUCGUGUCAAGCCUUGCCCGCAUCUGCACGAGCCAUAAACAAUCACUUGAAUUGGAACGCAACUCUUUUUUCGUUCGAACGCAUUUGAAUUUAAAAGGCGCGAAAAUAGAAUGUGUCUGCCUUGAACUUUACGUUGUUGUGUUUUGUUGAAUUAAAAAAAUAUUUGUCAAAAUGAAGGAGAAUUUUGUUGUUUGUAUCGUUUUUGCGAUAUUUUGUUUUCGAGUCAGUACCGCCUGCAUACAAGAGAAUUUCGAGAACAAUCGCAGUGUGACAACAGGGAGCGUGUUCUACGAAGACUGUUGCUGUACGGAACCCGGUCACACUGUGGGGGAACUUCUAUGGCUAGACCCUAACAACAAAGUCAUACAGCUGGGCCGACCAGGUACAUCUUUAAAUGUGUACACCGAGGAGCAGGGUGAGUGCCUGUCUCUGUUCAUCCAAGAGCUAAGCAAGACUAUGGCUGGGACCUUCAGGUGUGUUGCACAUGUCGACGGCAGCACAUACACACAGAAGCACAACAUUGAUGUGUAUGAUCAAUUAUAUUUCUUCAAUACUCCAUUAAAUCAGUAUAUAGUGCAUAACAACGAUUCUCUAAUCACGUGUGAAGCGAAAGGCGCUUCACCACCCUUUAUUAGGUGGUAUAGAGGAAAGGAUGGGCAACAUGAGAUCACCAACGAUACUAUAAAAUAUCAGUUCAUGCCAACAGGGCUGAUAAUAAAGAAUGUCAACAAUGACGAUGAUGGGAUAUACAAAUGUUCAGCGUCAGUUCUGUCAACUGGCGAAGAAGUCGAAGAAGAUAUAGAUGUUAAAGUAAUGACUCCACCAAUGAUAACAGACUUAUCAGCAAGUCCAGGUGCAGUUGUUACGGCUGGUGAACCGGUUACAAUUCAAUGCAACGCUGAAGGCUUGCCUGAACCUGAAUUUAUAUGGAAGAAACCUGAAAACAACUCAGAAGAAAACAACAGCACAAGUUCAAUAAUAGUUAUAAACAACACGAUUCGGUUUUCAAGCAUAGAGGCAGAAGACGCCGGUACUUACGAGUGCAUCGCUCGGAACUUUGUCGGCUCCGCAACAAAGAGUAUUGACAUUGUGGUACACACAUACCCAGAGAUCAUAGAUUUCCUCAACAUAACAGCGACGGAAGGUGAUCAGAUACCGAUGUAUUGUAACGCGACUGGCAUCCCUGAACCGAAUAUAACAAUUACUUACGAAGGAAAAAGUUGGGACGACGAAAGGGAAACCGAAUAUGAUGAGGAGAUACCAAAUUUUUCACUUCUCACUGCCAAUAGAUCAAAGGCGGGAAUAUACGUUUGUAAUGCAAGCAAUUCUGUGGACAUGACAACAGAGGCGAUAUACCUAACAGUACUACACAAGCCAUAUUUCGUUGAACCUAUCGAGACGUUAUGGGGAUGGAGUGGAGAAAGAAUUAACAUCAGUUGUGCCCACGAAAGCAAUCCACCAUCUAAUACUACUUGGAUGUAUUGGAAGGGUAACUUCUCGACUAUCGGUAACGAAGACAUGCCGACAAUAGACAGCAUAGUUCUGGACUACGACAGUCAGUUAGAGCAUUCGUUCCUCUUCACCGACCAGUUUGCUCCUUACGGCAAACACGAAUGUAAAGCCAAAAAUGAGAUUGGUGAGACUAUCAAAGCUUAUUAUAUAAGAAAAGGAUUUCCGCCAGGACCAGUUCUGAACGCUACCACUAUCGUCGCGACCGCAACAUCAGCCACUUUCGAAAUCGAACCCCCAUCGUCCAACGAUGGCCCGAGCGUCAUCGGUUACAUCGCCGAGUACGACGAAGCAAACAACUAUGACGUCACAAAUAUCCACCCGAACAGAACUUGGGCGAUUGGAAUUCCUUUCAAGUUGGAGAAGCUGCGGCCCAACACUACGUACCACAUCAGGUUCGCCGCCAUCAACCGCGUCGGCGCCGGACACUGGAGCGAUACCGUCGAGUUUGAUACUAUGGAUAAGUCAGCCCCAGAGCCACCGAUAUGGCAAGUGGACGCGCUCCAGAUCUCAUCGAGCAAGGUGCUAAAGUGGAGAGAACCCGAAGACAAUGGCGAGCCCAUAGAUUACUAUGUCCUUCGAUACUGCCAGAUGACCGACAGCUUUGACGAGGGCGCCUGCACGGAGGUGAGGCUAGACGCGGCUACUGAGCUGGAAGUCAAGGACCUGCAACACAACUCCACCUACUACUUCGAACUGAUCGCACAUAAUGUAGAAGGCAACUCUACACCUGCUAACUUCUCGUUAACUAUUCCAGCUUCAAUGAUGAGUGAAGAUUUACCAGCUAUAUCAGCCGGCGCAGUUAUAGGCAUAGCAGUAAUAAUCAUAGUCCUCGCCAUAGUAUUAAUAGACUUAUUACUGUUUUUCUGGCGAAAGCAGGGCAUGAUAGCAAGCUGCUGUUCCAAGAAGAACAAAAAAAGGAAACCGAGUGAAUUGAACUCCCGUGACAAGAAAGGUCUGUUGAAAGACAACGGGGAAUCGGGCACAGACGAUACUUUGAGGAGGCCCAACAAUGGGCACAAAGAGUACGAAUACAAUAAGACCACUGGCAUUAUUACCGGGAAACAUUCCUCUGUUUAGAGUGAGGAAUUUUAAAACGUUUAGGACUGUGAACCGUGCCAUUCUUUCGGGAAAUCUGUUGCUUUACUUUUAUCUUUUACCUUUUGAGGACUUUCCUUUGGAGUAGGUAAAUAUGUCGUGAUAGCUGUUGAAGACUGGUAAAGAAAUGAGAGUUUAUCGGUUUGUUGAUGUGCUUAAGCUGUUCUUUAAUUACAAAUUUCGAAGUGUAUCUGCGAUUAAAUUCAUUUGAUUUUUGAAUAAUAAAAUUGUAAUUUUGUAUCAACAAUAUGUUCCUGGUUUAACCUGGUUAAAGCAGGGAAUUUUAAAACGCAAUUAAAUUUUUAAAUUACUUAAAAGAAAAAAUAUCCAAAUUCCAAUAACAUCGUUUUGUAUAGUCUUUAUAUUAAAUGGAACACUAUCCAAAUUCCAAUUACAAUUUUUCUUAUAUUUUAUUUAUGGUUACAUAUUAAAAGUAAAAGCGAUACGACGAAACCAAGUGUCAAGUUUGUAAAAUAAUUAAGUAUGU